CAUUGGAGGGGAGUUGUAUCGCCGGUCAUACUCUGGCGUAUACCUCAAAUGCAUCGGGCAAGAUGAGGCGCGCAACAUAGUGCACGACUUACAUGAAGGUUUGUGCACAAUGCACACUGGAGCGCGGAGUAUGGAACGCACCAUCUUGCUAAAUGGAUACUAUUGGCCGCGAGUGAAAAAGGACACGAAGAAAUACGCAGACCAAUGCCACAAGUGUCAAUUGAACGCGCGCCAGCAUCAUCUACCAUCGACUGAGCUUUAAGGCAAUCUAAGCUCAUGGCCUUUGCACAAUGGGGGUGGACCUCUUGGGCCCCUUUCCGACGGCUAAAGGAAAACGCAAGUACAUAAUCGUGGCGGUGGACUAUUUUACCAAGUGGAUCAAAGCGGAAGCACUAGCCUUGAUAACUGCACAUCAGGUUACUCACUUCCUAAAAAACAACAUCCUAGCACGCUUCGGGGUCCUUAAUGCACUCAUAUUCGACCACGGGAAACAAUUCGACUGUGCGGAGGUGAUAGACUUUUGCGACCAAGUGGGGGCCAUUGUGAGAUUUGCAUCAGUAGCUUAUCCCCAAGUCAACAACCAAGCAGAAUCGGCAAACAAAGCAAUCCUGCACGGCUUGCACACCCGUCUGGAUGAAGCCAAAGGCAAUUGGGCUGAUGAGCUUAACACGGUGUUAUGGGCUCACCGCACCACGUUCAAAGUGGCAACAGGCAAAACUCCUUUCGCGCUCACGUACGGCACCGACGCGGUGAUCCCCAUUGAGACAAUAGCCACAACCUAUUGGAUCAUGAUGUACGACAAAGAGGAUAACAAAGAAGCACACCUACUAGACUUGAAAUUAGCACAAGAAUGGCGAGAAUUGGCGGCCAUCAAGCUAGCCGCGACAAAGGAGCACGUAGCAAAGUACCACAACGCGAAGCUAGUCCCGCACAAGCUGACCCUCGGAGACCAAGUACUGCGUCGGAACUUCCGCCCCGACCCCAAGCACGAGAAACUCGCUUCUACAUGGGAAGGUCCAUACUUAAUCCGCGAGGUUGUCGGCGCCAACACUUUCAAGCUUAGCGAAUUGGGCGGCGCCAAAAUUCCAAGGACGUGGAAUGCGCAGAAUCUCAGGAAUUAUUACCGGACCACUUGAUGUGUAUCUUGUUCACAGUGACGCAUUUGCGCGGAUAAAUAAAUACAAAGUUCGACGGAACAAAAAAUAGCAAUAAUCACGAAUUAUUAGAGCCCACGCUCUGCGCAACAAUACAUAAACGCUGAUCAC